AUGUUUUUGUCAAUUUUGAAUAAAAAAUUUGCUUAUUCCACCAUUUUGAAUCAUCAGACAUUAAAAUAUGCAAAUAUAUUGCUUUUAAAACGACAAGCAUCUUCUUCUUCAAGCAAUUUAAAUUCAUCUCUAUUUAAUAAAAUUGAGCAGCAUUUUGCUACUAAACAUCCAAAAGUUUAUGCUUAUUAUGUUAUGUCUGUAUCAGGAAGUAAAUCAUGCCUUUCCGAUACAAAAAUUUAUUUUAAACUUCGCAAGCAAAUUCUUUUGAAAGAACGCAAUUUUUCCGAUUUCUCAAUCCCAGAGCUUUUAAUUUAUUUGCAGUUCCCUGCUGAAUUGGUCCAUAUUUGCCUUCUUGUGUUUUUACUUCAAAUCCCGAUUAUUGGAGAAAUAAUUAUUGCAUUAGGGAUUUUUCGCCCUCAACUUGUUUUAACAAGACAUUUUUGGACACCUCAACAAACUACUUCUGUUCAAUUAAAUGAAUUUAAACGAAUUCAAGAUGUUAAUUUUCCAUGUAUUUUGCAACAAUUAUCGGAGAAAAAUAAAAAUUUAUCAACUCAAUUACCAGUUAAACUUUAUCAAUUGCCGUCAACAACUUUUAAUAUUCCAAAAUUAGAGGAAUUGUCUUUUUUGCAAUUAUAUCAUCUAAAACGUCUUCACAAAGUUUUUCCAUUCUCUUUUGGCACUAAAUCAUUAAUGGAGCGUGUUUUAAUUUUACAACUAUUGGACAGAAAAAUGGCUGAAGAUACGGAGAAGGAGCUCAAAGGAUUAAAUGUUGCUCAAUUACAAUUGCACCUUUACAUUCGAAAACUUAAUUAUGCUAAAAUGGACGCUGAAAGUAUGCAAUCUUUGUUAAAUAAAUGGCUUCAGCAUUGUUCAAGUGAUUAA